AUGAUUUGGAAUAUAAUAUUAAUUCAUUUAUUGAUAAUUAAAACUAUGCAUAGUAUUGUUCAUACAAAUCAUAAUGAAUAUAAGAGAUUAUUCGUUUUAAGUAAUAAUAAUAUCUAUACAAGAAGUCAUUUUUCAAAUAAAUUCAUUAAAGAAGAACAAAUUGAAGAAGAAGAAGAAGAAGAAUCAAUUGAACUACCGGAACAUAUUCAAGAAGAUAGUGAUUCUUUGAAUGCUUUCAAUGUGUCAAAGAUCUUCUCUAAUGAAACAAGUACCAAUUCAUCAUUAUCAUCAUUAUCAUUUGAAACACGAAAUAAAUCCAAAACAAAACAAGCUACAAAUCAUCGUAAAGUAUUUCGUAAACAUUCAAGCUUUAUAGAUAUGGGAUUUAGUGGAAGCUAUUUUAUUUGUUCUAAUGCUAAUUCAUUGCAUCUUCCAAAUAUAUUCUAUAAUAUUUACGCUUUAAUAUGUAUCACAGUUUUCAUGAUGGUUUCUUAG